AUGCCUAUACAAGAGUAUACUAAAUCGAAAUUUCCGUGCUCGAUAUUAAAUAUCAAGCCUACCAUCACUAGAAGCGACGAGGAUGCUGCUCUGCUAGUGUGGAUUCCUGGCAAUCCUGGUCUUUUAUAUUACUAUCAAGAAAUGUUGCAGUAUUUACAUUCCAAGCACCCUGAUUGGGAAAUUCUUGGCAUAUCUCAUGCCGGAAUGACUUUGAAUGCUCAUUCUAACACACCAGUAUAUUCUUUACAAGACCAAGUAGAUCACCAAGUAGAGGUAAUUAAUAAUUUCUCACACGAAAACAGAAAAAUUAUUAUCAUGGGACAUUCAGUUGGGGCAUACAUCUUACAAAAAGUGUGCCUCUCUCACAAUCUGGUUGGUACUGUACAAAAAGUCGGUCUGGUUACACCAACUGUGAUGGAUAUUCACACAUCAGAGAUGGGUGUUAAAUUGACAACAGCAUUACACUAUAUCCCUCCAUUAGCACAUGUGGUAUCAUUGUUUAGUUACAUUUUUUUUUAUUGGAUUUUAUCAGAAGGAUUUUCAAGAUUUAUUAUUGACAAAUUUAUGGGCUGUGGAAGCACCAGCUGUCAAGCCGUGUUGUCCACAAGAAUUUUUUUAACUCAUAAGCAAUUUGUUCGCCAAUCUUUGGGGCUAGCUUCCCAGGAGAUGGAAGAAAUAACUACCAACUGGGAAUUCCAAGAUAAAUUUAUCAAUUAUUGUGAACAAAACGGAACUCUCAUUUGGUUUCUGUUCAGCAGUAACGACCAUUGGGUUUCUGGCAAGACCAGGUCGCACUUAUCGCAUUACUAUAAGGAUAAAGUGGAUCAAAAUCGCCUAGAAAUUGAUGUGACUGACAAGAUACCCCAUUCUUUCGUGGUUAAACAUGCGAAAUAUGCCAUUAAUACCUUUUUUUAG